AUGAUAAGCUCCAAAUCAAAGCCAUACUCCUUAGCUAGAGUUUAUGCUGAUGCCAAUGAAAACAAACCAACAGAAUAUUGGGAUUACGAAAACCACAAGAUAUCGUGGGGAGAUAUUAAGAACUAUGAAAUAGUAAGCAAGAUCGGUAGAGGUAAAUAUUCGGAGGUUUUUCAAGGAGUAAAUGUAUUGAACGAUGAGCCAUGUGUGAUCAAAGUUUUGAAACCUGUUAAAUUAAAGAAAAUCUAUCGUGAGGUUAAAAUAUUACAAAAUUUAACCGGUGGACCAAACAUUAUAGGAUUAUUGGAUGUAGUCAGAGAUGAUCAAUCUAAAAUCCCGGCAUUUAUAUUUGAAAGGGUUAACAAUGUUGAUUUUAGAGUUUUAUACCCAAAAUUUACCAUCAAAGAUAUUCAAUAUUACUUUACCCAACUUUUAAUUGCAUUGGACUAUUCACAUUCUAUGGGUAUCAUUCAUAGAGAUGUGAAACCACAAAAUAUCAUGAUUGAUCCCAUGAACAAGAAAUUACGAUUGAUUGAUUGGGGGUUAGCUGAGUUUUACCAUGCUGGUAUGGAUUAUAAUGUGAGGGUUGCUUCAAGAUAUCACAAGGGUCCUGAGUUGUUGAUCAACUUGCAGCAAUAUGAUUAUUCACUUGAUUUAUGGUCUGUGGGAUGUAUGUUGGGUGCAAUAAUAUUCAAGAAAGAACCGUUAUUUAGAGGUGAUUCAAACAAUGAUCAAUUAGUACAAAUAGCUAAAGUUUUGGGAACAGAAGAUUUGAUGGCUUAUGUCAAUAAAUAUGGUAUAAAGUUGAGUUCUGAUUAUGAUGAUAUUUUGGGAAAUUAUCCAAGAAAACCAUGGAAAGCUUUUAUCAAUAAUGAUAAUAGACACUUAAUCAGUGAAGAAGUACUUGACUUAAUAGAUAGAUUAUUAACCUACGACCAUCAAUUAAGACCUACCGCUAAAGAGGCAAUGGCUCAUCCAUUUUUCAAAAUAUAG